AUGGGCUUCGUGUUCUCCAAUGUGCUGCAACCGGAUGGCAGAGGGGCAUCCGCAACAAAGUCGCAGCUCUCAGAAGAAAAGCCCCACUGCACAAGCAAGUCCUGGAUGAUUCUGCCGUUCGCCUUUCUAACUGGUGGGCUGAUCAAUAUUGAUGGCUUUGCAAGCACGGCUGUUCUCCUUCUGUGA